AUGAACUCGAUGUUGUCAGCAAUCCUGCUGGUAUUUGCGAUGUCUCGAAGCGGUGAAACAUUUUGGCCAGGCAAUGGUUGUUGCGGGGGAUAUAAUCAAAAUUGGUGUGGACAAGGAGGAGGAGGAAUAGUACCAUAUUGGUGUGGUGGAGCACCGAUACCCGUCAUCACAACAACCACCACUGCUGCUCCAACCACCACAGCACCUGCCCCCACAAUUUAUUGGUGCUGUAAUCCUUAUUCAUCGUCAUGCUAUCAAGGAUACGGUGGAUGCGGAGCCGGAGGAUAUGGCGGUGGUUUCGGCGGGGCUGUUGGCGGAGGCUUCAUGGGAGGUUUCGGAGGUGGAUUCGGGGGAGCAGGAGGGUUCGGCGGUGGAUUUGGAGGAGCAGGAGGUUUUCCAGGCGGAAUGGGUGGAUCAUGUGGAUGUUGCGGUUGUGAAGGCAAGAAGAAGAAGAAAUAA